AUGAUCACUGGCGACGAAAACAGCAGUUACUGCCAACCCCUGGAGACCUACAGCCAGGAUAAAAGUCACUACAAAAACUACCACAUUGUGGUCAACAACACGGGUGACUACAUAUUCAUCAAUGAGUGCCAUCACGACACGGAUCUCAUCAGCGAAUACAUGAUCCACUGUUCGGGUAACAGGACGUGGGUUCGCGACCGCAUUGUCUACACCUCUCCAACCGCUCCGGAGUCCAGCGGCAAAUCAAACCUAACCAACCCGUGCCUAAACCCCGAUCACAGUCAGCGGUUAACCCUGUGUUUUAACCGCAAUGAACUGCAAAGUUGCUCCGGUGGCAGUGAACUGACCGAGAUUGAGAUCAGCGCCUUACUGUUGGCACUGGUAUGCUGUGUGUCUAUUGGGGUAAUUAUAGCGAUGGUAGUCUGUGUGCUACGACUCCGGAGGGCCCGCAAUGUUGACCACUCGUUUAGGACAGCGAGUGGUGUUGAUCGGCUAAUAAAACAUCUAUAUAAACACAAAAUACCGAUGGCUAUCGCCACCGGUGGGUCCGUUAAGGUAAUUAACUCAUAUUGCGGACACUUAAUGUCGUAUUUUGAUAAAUAUAUGACACACUAUGUGUUUGGCGACGACGAGGAGUUCCCUAAUAAACCGGCGCCCGAUGUAUAUCAUGUGUGCGCCAAACGGUUUGCAUCGCCGCCGGAAUCGCCGCACAAUUGUGUGGUAUUUGAAGACUCGUUGACUGGUAUUACCGGUGCUGUGGCUUCGGACGAUCCCGAUGUUAGGCAUAACAAACCUCUGCCCGAUAUCUAUGACGUGUGCGCCAAACGGUUUGCAUCGCCGCCGGAAUCGCCGCACAAUUGUGUGGUAUUUGAGGACUCGUUGACUGGUAUUACCGGUGCUGUGGCUUCGGCCACACAUGUAAUAUUUGAUUUGAGCGGCACCUUAGUCGAUUUGUAUGACAAUUUCAUACUGGCCAUCGACAUUGUGGCUAGGACGUUUGAUAAACAGUACGUUUGCCAUAAUAAAAAUGUACUACGCGACAUGAGCACCAUGCCCGAGUUUAUGGCCGAUACAUGUAAAUCACUAGACUUGAAGGUACCGUCCGAUGAGUUUAUGUCACUGGUAUAUAAAGAGUUGGGUCCCAGUCCUGCUAAAUUGGCUCCCGGUGUUAAUCGACUUGUAAAACAUCUAUAUAAACACAAUAUACCGAUGGCUAUCGCAACCAAUGGGUCCAAAAAGUCGUCUGUCGCAGGUGUGGGACAAUUGAUGUCAUAUUUUGAUAAAUAUAUGAAACACUAUGUGUUUGGCGACGACGAGGAGUUCCCUAAUAAACCGGCGCCCGAUAUAUAUCAUGUGUGCGCCAAACGGUUUGCAUCGCCGCCGGAAUCGCCGCACAAUUGUGUGGUAUUUGAGGACUCGUUGACUGGUAUUACCGGUGCUGUGGCUUCGGGUAUGACUACUGUCCUCAUCAAUGAUACCAUUGAUAGUACUUUUGAUGCAAUUGUGGGUAAAGUGACGGCAAUUACCAAAAGCUUUAAUGAGUUUAGACCAGAAUCCGUUGGACUACCGGCUUAUGAUUAA